AUGCCCGGUGCACUGAAGUGCCAGUCGCAGAAUCGAGUGGAGCGGCCAGACCGCAUUGAAGUUUAUGGGUACAAGCCAGCAUUGAACGGCGUUAAUUUGAAAGUGUACGAGUCGAGAAUCACAGUGCUUCUGGGCCACAACGGGGCUGGGAAGACGACUAUGAUGAGCAUCCUGACAGGAAUGCAGGCCCCAACAAGCGGUGCCGCCACAGUCUGCGGCUUCAACGUUGCCAGCCAGCGCCACCAGGUGCGCCAGCGGGUCAGCUUGUGCCAGCAGACAGACAUCUUUUUCGACGACAUGACUUGCGCUGAAAACGUUUUCUACUUCGGAUCGCUAAAGGGAGGACGCCAGGACAUGGUCACGAAAUCAAUCCAGGCGACACUGCGUGUGGUCGGACUGGAAGACAAGGCCUACAGCAUGCCCAGCGAGCUCAGCGGCGGCAUGAAGAGAAGGCUCAGCAUAGCGAUGACUCUUGUUUCUGAUCCAGAGAUACUGAUUCUGGACGAGCCAACUGCGGGCAUGGAUCCGGAGACGAGGCGGUUGGUGUGGGAUACUCUGCAGAACGUGGGCAAGAAGAAAGCCCUUCUGCUGUCUUCUCAUGACAUGGAGGAAGCUGACGCCAUCGCGGACCAAAUAAUCAUCAUGGCUUCCGGUGUGGUCGUUUGCAGUGGAUCAACAGCUUUUCUCAAAAAAGCAUGUGGCGUCGGAUACAAGGUGACCUUCGCCAAGGUGGCGAAUGCAUUCAAACUCAAUGAGGUCAUGAACAUCGUCCGCAAUGCCGCACCUGCAGCGAUCGUCGAUGAUGACAAGAAGGAAGAGGUGUCCAUCGCACUGGGCACUUUAGACAACAAGGCCUUCCCUGCAAUGUUCAGGACGCUGGAAAGCUCCCUUGGACGGCUCGGCAUUGCAAGCGUCGGUGUCACCGUGGCCUCGAUGAAAGACGUUUACCUGAAGACAUUGCGAAUUAGUGAGGACGGCGUCGGAUACAAGGUGACCUUCGCCAAGGUGGCGAAUGCAUUCAAACUCAAUGAGGUCAUGAACAUCGUCCGCAAUGCCGCACCUGCAGCGAUCGUCGAUGAUGACAAGAAGGAAGAGGUGUCCAUCGCACUGGGCACUUUAGACAACAAGGCCUUCCCUGCAAUGUUCAGGACGCUGGAAAGCUCCCUUGGACGGCUCGGCAUUGCAAGCGUCGGUGUCACCGUUGCCUCGAUGAAAGACGUUUACCUGAAGAUAAACUUGGACUGGGCACCAGGCGGGAGAGAACGAGAACAUGAAGUGGAAGAUAUAGCGAAGAUUAAGGAAGACGUCAAGAAUGAUCUCGUGAAACUCAGGGAUGAUCUUAAACAGGAAAUGAAAUUGUCGCGCGAAUCGUUUGAGAGGGAUCUCAGAAAUGAAAUGCGUGAAAUUCGAAAUGAGCAACGCAGCGUUGCGCAGAGCCUCGAGUUCGCUCAUAAAACUAUAGAAGACCUGAAAAGCCAACUAGCAGCAGCAGUAGCAAAAAAUGCUGAAUUAACCAAUAGUAACAAAGAACUGCAGGCAAAAUGCCAGACACUUGAGAAUCAUACAGAGUACCUGGAGAAACGCCUGGUUCACCUCGAACAGUAUUCGAGAAACUCUAAUAUUGAAAUUCAAGGCGUCCGAAAAGAAGAAAAUGAAAACGUUCUGAGCGUCCUCUCAAAGAUUGGAGAGGCUAUUAACGAGCCUGUUCAAGAAUCUGACAUAGAAGUAUGUCAUCGCGUUCCAACCCGCAAUCCUGAUCGAAGCAACAUUAUAGUUCAGUUCAAGUCUAGGGCAAAGCGAGAUCUGAUGCUAAAGAAAGCAAAGAAGAUGCGCAUCCGCAACAAUGAUAUCGGACUUUCAGACGAUGCGCAGAUCUACGUAAAUGAGCACCUCUGCCCUGCUCUGAAGCGCCUGCUUGGCAUGGCGGUGAAGCGCAAGCAUGAGAAGCACUGGAAAUCCGUUUGGUCUUUCAACGGGAAAAUAUUCGCGCGGAAGUCUGACGAUUCCGGUACCAUACAGAUCGCCCGUGAAGUUGACCUUGGAAAAGAUAUCGACGGUGUCUGCAAGCCAAUUACAAAACAAAGAACGAUGGCCAGAUCAUUCGCCGCCCUCUUCAGAAAGCGGCUUUUAAGCCUCUUCCGGAGCUGGGAUCUCUUCAUAGCGUUUUUCCUGGUGCCACUGUCUCUGCUGGUCCUUUUUACGUGGAGCUCCUCAACGGCGCGCUUAAGCCGUCGGUUGGCCGAGAGCCAUGAAGGGAGCCUCGACAUCCUAAUAAACAUGGGCGCCCAUUUCCCGGAAUCCACCACGGUGGUUGGCGAGUCACCGGCCACCAACGUAAGUCAAAACCUGCGGGUACUCGUGGAAUCUCAAGGCGGCCGCGUGGUCACCGUAAAAGACGUGCGAAAAGAUCUCAACGAAGUUAUCGAGGAGGACUUCUCAAGCUACAUCAACGAUCACGCCAUGAUCGUCGAGUUCAAGCUGAAAACCAUACGAAUGAUGCCCAACCCUACGAGCGCCAUCGCAAGUCCCGUGGUCGUCAACCUGGUGGACACGGCACGGCUGCGAGCUCUGACGGCGCAGCCGACGGCGCUGAUCAACGUCACCAUCACGUACCUGGAAACGACGAGCAUAGGAGGUCUUGUGGGCGCUUUGGUCUCGCGCGUCCUGUCCUGGUUCAACUGGGCCAUGACGCUGGCCAUGACCUACUCGCUGGCCUUCGCCGCGUACGCCUCGUUUCCGGUGGCCGAGCGGUUGAGCGGAGCCCGAGACGUGCAGCUGAUGACGGGCAUCUCGGGGGCCGAGUUCAUCUUCGCCCACUUCGUCUUCGAUUUCCUUCACCACGUUCUCUUCAGCGUGCUAUGCAGAAUUGACAAGGAAGCUGACCCGGCUCAUGGUGUUGCUGAACUUGUCGUGGUACUCGAGAGCUGCGGUGGCUUCCACCUCAUAUGCGUCACCGUCGUUCACGAGGUCGCCAAUCUUGUUCAGCGCUGCAAUUGCCUGAUCUUUGCCCUGCAGUUGGCCCUUAAACGUUGGUCUUUUACAGCUUCAUUCUUGGGAAUAAACUGCGACGCUCAUCUCCUGGAAUUUAGCAACGAAGGAAUAGGCUUCGAGCUAUCGGUCCUAGUAGUCGAAGGCUUGCUCUUCCUGGCGAUUAUGACCUUCCUGACGUCGGGAUACCCGGGUUUCGGGGACUCUUUCGCGCCCAAGGAGUUUCCCGCCGAGGAAGACGUCGAGGAGGAGAAGAAGCGGGUCAACGCUGCGCGCCAGCAGGAAGGGCUCGCAGGCCACUCGCUCCUCGCGUGGAGUCUGCACAAGCGCUUCGGUCAAGUCCACGCCGUCCGGGGCGUCUACAUGGCACUGCGGCCUUCCGAGUGUUUCGGCCUGCUAGGCGUGAACGGUGCCGGCAAGACCACCACGUUUCAGAUGCUGGCCGCGCUCACCAGUGUCUCGUACGGCGACGCUUGCACGGCCGUGGCCAAGCUCAGCGGAAACGUUCGUAAGUGGCAGUCGCAGAUUAGCUACUGCUUCCAGCUUGGUGGCCUCCUGGACAGGCUGAACGCGUACGAGUACCUGUACCUGGUCGGUCGGCUGCGAGGCAUCCCUGAAAACGAGUUAAAGUCCAUGGUCGACAGCGUCUUAUCCGUCGUCGAUCUCACAGAGCACGCCUCCAAGGAGUGCGGCGUGUACAGCGGCGGCAACCGCCGGAAGUUGUCCAUCGGUGCCGCUCUGCUGGGCCUGCAGCCGUUCGUGUUUCUGGACGAGCCGUACGCGGGUGUGGACGUCGUCUCUCGCAACAAGAUCUUUCGAGCCAUCGCGGAGAUUAAGAAGCGCUCGCAGACCACUUUCGUGCUUACGUCACACAACAUGGACGAAUGCGAGUUUUCGUGCGACCGGAUCACCAUCAUGGUCAGUGGCCAAAUGACGUGUCUGGGCACGCUGCAGCGCCUGCGCGAAAAGUUCGGCCAGGGCUACCGACUCGAGUUCUUGCUCAAGCACACGGCGGCUGCAGACGCGCCCAAGCUCAAGCAAGCUGUGGCAGUACUCUUCCCCAAAGUUCAACUCAAGGACGACAACCAGAACCUGCUUAGCUACCAUCUGAUGGAGCGAAUUCCUUGGAGCGAGCUGUUCACCAAGGUGGGACAACUCCAGCAAGAAUUCGCCCUUGAACAUGUCCUGGUCGGGGAGAAC